AUGUACAAAAAGUCCCAUCGCCCCUAUCGCCCUCUCUCUCUCUCUCUCUCUCUUUCUCUCUCUCUCUCUCCCCCAUCGUCUUCGAGCUCUCCGGGGAUCCUCUCCGGCGAUCUUCUGCGGGGAUCUAGGGUUUACCACGCUCGCUUGGCAUUUAUUGGGUGCACUAUGUCCGACAUGAAGUCUGAUGAUGCCGCUAGCCAAGUGAGUCUUGAUGCGGAUGUGACUGAGCCAGCUCCAGAAAAUUUAGACCAUUCUGAAGGGAGUGCGAUGCCCUCGCCCCAAGAAGAAGAGGAAGCAAUGAAGAAGAAGUAUGGAGGAAUUUUGCCGAAAAAGCCACCACUUAUAUCCAAGGACCAUGAAAGGGCAUAUUUUGACUCUGCUGAUUGGGCUUUAGGAAAGCAAGGGGCAAAUCCUAAUAAACCCAAGGGGCCCCUCGAGGCUCUUCGACCAAAAUUGCAGCCCACGCCUCACCAGCAAGUGCGUUCUCGUCACUCAGCCUAUAAAUCUACUGAGAAUGAAGAUGGGAGCAAUCCUGCUGCUGAGGAUGUGAUCCAGGACGAUACAACCAAUGACGAGGAAAGCAAGAAUGAUCAGUAAAUUUCUCUCUCAGAGUCUUUCCAAGUGAGACCUCCGCGAUCUUCUAUUUUAAAUUUUGCGUGAAGGGCUACAUUUCUUGUUUUUACUCUCGUGAGAAUAAGUCGUGCCGGCUGUUUUAGCAUCUGUUUGGUUCUCUGCAACAGAUUUUAGCUGUUCGGGUUUGUUGUGCAUGAAAACAGCUUGAGAUGAGAUUCUUUGCAUUGCGUCUCCUAUAAUGGUUGCGGAUGAGACUGGCCUUUCCGGCGCCUGAAUCUAUCCAUGUUUCAUGAUAUUAAUGAGAAACAGUUGGGUGAUUUUGUGGUACUAAAAUGUCUCGGUGAAUGCAUAAAGAUUAAGCAUUGAACUCUUAUUUUCGUCUUUGCGAAUCCUAAAUUUUCAUCUUAUUUGUUUGUGUGUGUUUCUAUAUAACCUGCAAGUUAGGUCCUUUUUUUUUCAUUUUCUGGGCCUGUUUGGAUGUUAGAAGUGAUACAGUGAUAAGUGGUUGUGGACUGGGUUUUCCUUGGAAUAUUAUGAUAUGGUAGUUAGUUUGUAUAA